CCGCCCUCCGGGGAGGAAACGGAACGGAUCUGUAGAUGCAGUUCUGCUCUGCUGGCCGGUUUCAGAACAGACCGGGGCGAGCUAAUCACGGAAUGACGCUGUGCUGGGUUUCUCUGUCUUAUAUCCAAAAGGACAAACCGCAUCCGAAUCUCACGUGUGCAACCCCGGAGGGUGACAGUGGUGCCACACAAGCGGAUAACAGGCGGCUAUCAAAAUUGGAGCUGCAGCGAGAGAUAAACUUGGCACGGGGAUUUUUGUCCGAGGACUCAUUUAAGAGGAAUACAUACAGAGCCUCGGAAUAGGAGGGUAUUACGUGGUGGAUUGCACCGGGCCGCAAUGUCAAUCUUGCCCUCUUUCGGCUUUACGCAGGAGCAGGUCGCGUGCGUCUGCGAGGUGCUGCAGCAGGGUGGAAACCUGGAGAGGCUCGGACGUUUCCUUUGGUCCCUGCCAGCCUGUGACCACCUCCACAAGAACGAAUCCGUGCUGAAAGCGAAGGCCGUGGUGGCCUUCCACCGGGGAAACUUCCGUGAGCUCUACAAGCUCCUGGAGAGUAACCAGUUCUCCGCGCACAACCACCCCAAGCUGCAGCAGCUGUGGCUGAAGGCGCACUACGUGGAGGCGGAAAAGUUGCGGGGCCGCCCGCUAGGCGCUGUGGGCAAAUACCGCGUGCGCAGGAAAUUUCCUUUGCCCCGUACGAUCUGGGACGGCGAGGAGACCAGUUACUGCUUUAAGGAGAAGUCUCGGGGCGUGCUGCGUGAAUGGUACACGCACAAUCCCUAUCCAUCUCCACGGGAGAAGCGUGAGCUUGCGGAGGCAACGGGACUGACCACCACACAGGUCAGCAACUGGUUUAAAAACAGGAGGCAGAGAGACCGGGCAGCUGAGGCAAAAGAGAGAGAAAACAGCGAGAACAACGGCGUUGGCGGUAAGCAGAGCCAGCGGCGGUCUCCGCUCGACGGAGUGAAGUCGCUCAUGUCCAGCUCGGAGGAUGAGUUCUCUCCGCCGCAGAGCCCCGAGCACAACUCCGUGCUUCUACUGCAGGGGAACAUGAACAAUCCCGGGGCUUCCGCAUACCCAAUGCCCGGCCUCGGUGCACAGCACUCGGUGCAUAGCAUGCAAGGACAUCCGCAUCAGAUCCAGGAUUCACUGUUAGGAUCUCUAACAUCCAGCCUUGUGGAUUUAGGAUCUUAGGACGUCUCGUUCAUAUUUUAAGCGACAAGACUUAAAACCAUAAAUAACCAAUAUUUACGGCGCGCAUAUUCUCAUGACGCACAGGACGUUUGCUGAAAUAAAUUAUUGUUUUGCAAACGAUUAGGAAAAAGGGAGAAAAUCAAAAGAGCUUCUCUGAGUUUUGGGAAUUUUGAGUAUACUGGACAAGUGCGUAAAAUUUGUAAAACCAGUGAGGCCAAUAUUUAAGAAUAUUCACAGAAUUGUUGGAUACAUAAACCUUUAAUAAUUUAUGAUGUUUUAACUCAAAGAUUAAUUUAUAGAAAUUGUUCUGUAUUGGACAGUAUGAAUAGCAGGGAUUUUUAAUGAGAAAACCAUUUGCUUCAAACACCUUAAACUAAACUCUAUGGAU